AUGACACAUUCGCCAGACGUUCCGCUCGAGGCACCGUCUCUUCUCAACAUCGCAUCUCAAUCAUUGGAUCAGGAGGCGCUGGAUGCUCUUGAGGAAAUUCAUCUGCCGUUGCCGGUGAGUCACGCGUUGUUCAGAAGAUUCCGACAAAAAUGGAAUGCGUAUAAAACGACGAGGGUAGCCAUGGAGGAUCCGAGUGACGAAUUGCAAAGAAUUUCGGACAUGCAAAGAGUGAUUCGAUCGUGGUGCAAUUCGAAGCGUCUUCCACUUACCAAAAUGAAUUUGACGGGUGCAGUGAUCGAUGACAACCUGUUUGUAGAUAUUAUCUCGGCGCACCAAGAUGAUAUUACGGAAUUAGAUUUGACAAAUGUUGAGGGAAUCACCGAUGAGGCGAAUGCACUUCUUGAUUCGAAAAAUGUCUAUCUUCCGCAACUGGCGUCGAUUAAGCUCACGUCAAUGGAAUUGCUUACGAAACCGCCGCCGAGAAGAAAAAUGGGAAUGGCGUUUGAUGUUCGCAAUGUGCUCAUGCUUGGAGAAGAAGCUCUGGAAGAAGCAGGACGUGGACCCGGCAACCGUGGUGACGGAUUCUUUCUUGUAAUCGAUCCUGAUCAACCAAUGCAGCAGCCAGCGUCUCCGGUCGACGAACUCAUGGAAGAUGAGAAGGAUGAGAUCGAGCGGGAGUUCCCUGUAUUCACAUCGAGAUGCCCGAACGUUCAGAGAUUGUUGCUUCCAAAAUUGAAAAAAGGCGUUGAGGAUUCGGAUUUAUCGACGAAUGAAGUUCUGUCGAGAAUUCUCGAUCCGCUCAAACAACUCGACACCUUAGAUUUGUCGUAUUGGACAAAGAUCGAUGAUUUACGCUGCAUUCAUCCACUGCAUCAAACUCUGACAACAUUGAUUCUUUAUGAUGUUCCCGACCUCUACCACGCCAUUCCAACGAUUACUCAAAUGGGAGAGUUGAGAUGUCUCGAUAUUUCGCAAUCGCAACGCGACACCGCCAUCUAUCCGCGUCCGGUUUCGACUCUCAAUCAUAUCGUCACUUCGCUUCCAUACCUUACACACCUUGACAUCUCUUCGACUAAUUUGGCUGCUCAGCCGAGCGCCAAUGAUUGGCCAGUGAAAAGUGAAAAUGGAAUUCGAUCGGAUAUUGUCGGCCUUCAGUCGUUGAAAAAACCACUCUCAUUCCUUGGACUUUUCAAUUGCGACAACGCUGGCCAUUUUUGCGAGAUCCCUGCCGAGCGCAUUUCGGGAGAUGCCACUGAGAAUCAGGUCAUCACCGCUCUUCAGAUGUACAAAGAAAGAGCCGGUCUUCUUCAAUCGGUGUUGAAUGAGAGCUAUCAAUUGUACAGAUUUGGAAACACCUCGCCAAUAACUCGUCACACCGAAGCGCUUCAUUUGGUUCUUGACGCGAUGCAACGCCAUCUUCAUGACAGCACUCUGCAGAUUGCCGGCUCCGCUAGUCUCUUCUACAUAAUUCGCAAAGUUGAUAUGAAUCGCGACACGAAGAAGCAAGUGGUGAGCGCGUUGCUCAGUGGAAUGGAAGUGCACAUGGAGGAGCAGGUGAUGGUCCGGAAUUGUUGCCUCUCGUUGUGUCAAUUCGAAAUUCCACAAGAUAUUCUUUUUGAUUACAGCCGUCUUGCGGUCCUUCUCGUCACUGUUCUUCAGCAUCACAAUGCUGACAAUCUCACGCAGAGAAUUGUUGUUUUCUUGUUGAAUUCGAUGGCGUGCCAUGUUGAAGGAGAUCAGAAGGUGCAAGUUGGAAGUUUUGGAGCUAUUGAGAUGAUAAUAGACCAAAUCGCUCGCAAACACAAUGGAAACACUUGCGACGAUGUGAUGGAAGUUGGCUGGAGUUUCUUGUGGAAUAUAACCGAUGAGACGCCGGUGAAUUGCGAAAGAUUCUUGAACGCCAAAGGGCUUGACCUUUUCCAAAAAUGCUACGAAUCGUUCCGCAAUGAGCGUGAACUCGUUCGCAAUAUGAUGGGAUUGAUCGGCAACAUCGCCGAAGUUGAUGAGCUGCGAUCGCAAUUGAUGAAUGAUGAUUAUGUGAAGAUUUUCUGCGCGCUUUUGGAAACUCGAGAAGAUUCAAUUGAAAUUAGCUACAACUCGGCAGGCGUUCUCGCCCACAUGGUGUCUGACGGCGAAGAGGUCUGGAAGCCGUUGGCGGUCUCACGCGAUUACGUGAUGACGUGCAUUGUGAGGGCGACGGCGAGCUGGCAACUCGACACCCGUCGCUUCAUCAACUAUCGCUCAUUCCGUCCGAUCCUUCGUCUUUUGCCAUUAUAUCAUGCCUAUGCAAGCCAGCAUUGGGCUGUUUGGGCGUUGGCCAACCUCACAACAACUGAUGGAGAGAAAUAUUGUCCAUAUGUUCGUGAUGAAGGCGGCCUUCCUCUUCUUGAGGAACUUGUUCGAAAUGAGGCAACGACGGUCGAUAUUCGAAUUUUGGCGCAAAAAGUGCUCGAUAAUAUUAAAAGGACAGAAAAGAUAAAAAUGAUUCGUGCUUCUCCUGAAAUUUGCUGUGAAGAUGAGCCGAUGGAUAUUGAAGUCUGA